CUGCGCUGCGCUGCCCAUCAAACAUCGACACAACAAUGCCUCCACGCGCAUUGCCUGCACUAGCAAGCAGUAUCUUCAAUUUGACAAGCCUUCUUCAGAGCUUGCCUUCGGCAUCACGCGGUCAAGCCUUUACGAAAUGUUCAACAUGUCUCUUCUCUACUACGGCUCCUCUAGAAGCGAAGCGCGCCAAAAAGCGGAAAGCCAAAAAGCAUAGAGAUCCGUACCGCUUGGCCCAGGCUCGACAGCGGAAAUCUGCCAAUUUGGCUCGACAAAAAGUAUUGCAAGAAGAACGCAAACUUGCGCUGGGCGACCCUGUCCGAUCACAACCGACUCCUUUUGUCAGGUCACUGCGCGCACACGCCCCUAUCGAGACAAUCAGAGACUCUUAUCUGAACUACUUUCUGAAGAAGGAGGACGUGGACAAGUCCUUGGAGUACUCGAAAUGGCUUACCGAGCCUCUACCUCAAGCGAACCCUGUACCGGGACAACCUGACGACUUGGAGAAGAAGAUUCAGGAGCAUGCUGCUUCUCAUGAUAAUGCAUCCAAGGCUUUGCUGGCAAUAGCAUCUCUGGACAACGCCAGCAGCAAAGACCGUGUCCGCAUCAACAUCCAAAGGUGCAUUGAAGAAUUUGGCCGCCACAGAACUGAUGACAUCCUCCCUCCACGACUACAAAGCAAACAGCUGCCUGGAACGAGCGAUCCAGAGUCAGAAACGAGCGCAAUCGAGGUUCCCAAGAGAAUCGGUGCAGAUACAGGCUCUCCGGAAGUACAAAUAGCGAUUCUGACGGCCAAGAUCAACGUGCUGGCAGACAACUUGCACAAGAAAGACAAGAGCAACAAGCGAGGGCUAAGGCUAAUGGUACACAAGAGACAGAAGCUGAUGGCCUAUCUGAGGCGUCAGGACAGAGGUGGCCCAAGGUGGCAGAAUGUCGUUGAAAAGCUUGGUCUGAGCGACGCCAUGUGGAAAGAAGAAAUCAGCUUGUAACAUAUUGGUAGGGCCCGGAGCUUUGUACAACCACGUACUGAAUACACUACAAACGUUCGGUCAGCUUGUUUUUGACCUGACUAGCUUAAUCUCUC